UCGAACCAAAUACAGGCGAAUACACCAAAAUAUCGAUAUUUUCUAAUCAAUAAAAAUAAAAAAUUAAUGGCAUUUGUCAUUUUGAUUUGAUUUCUAUAUUUUCACUUCUAACUUCUAUUAAUAACUCAUUGAAUAAUAUAUCACUUUAAAAUGUGGAAUGUUUAUUUAUUUUGUGUUAUUUUUCUAAUUUUGUUUAUAAUUAGAAAAUUAUAUUUAAAUGUAUAUAGGGUACAUAAAAAUGUUUGUAUUAUUGUUUUUGGAGAUUUGGGCAGGAGUCCUAGAAUGCAAUAUCAUGCAUUAUCAUUUGCAAAAGAAGGUUUUACAGUAGAUAUUAUAGGUUAUCCUGGUUCGAUACCUUUAAAAGAAAUAAGAGAAAAUUCUUAUAUACAUAUUUAUUAUCUUUAUCCCUUUCCAAAAAUAGAAAAUAAAUUAUCUCCUUUAUCUUAUUAUGUGAUAAAAACAAUAUGGCAAACAUUUAAUCUUUUAUGGCUUUUAUUUACUAAAAAAUUAUCAAAUUAUAUAUUGGUACAAAAUCCACCUUCAAUACCAACAAUUCCCAUUUGUUGGUUUUAUUCUAUUAUUAUUGGUUCACAAUUUAUUAUUGAUUGGCAUAAUUAUGGAUAUACUCUCAUGGCAUUAAAUUUAAAAGAUGACCAUUUACUUGUAAGAUUUGCAAAAGCAAUUGAAAUGUAUUUUGGUUCUAAAGCAAAUUAUAAUUUCUGUGUAUCUCAAACAAUGAAAGAAGAUUUACAACUAAAAUGGAAAAUUAUUGCAGAGGUAUUAUAUGAUCGUCCAAGUAAUGAAUUUCAACCUAUAUCACUAAAAGAAAAACAUGAAUUUUUAUUAAAAUUAAGUUACAAAUAUGAUAUAUUCAAAGGAUCAAAAGAAAAUUCAACUAUAUUUACAGAAUGUAUUAAAAAUGAAAUAAAACUAUCUUGUAAAAGACCAGGUUUCAUAGUAUCAAGUACAAGUUGGACAGAAGAUGAAGAUUUUUCAAUAUUAUUAAAUGCAUUACAAGAAUAUGAAAAUUCAGUUGUACAAGAUUUGUACAAUUUGCCUGAUUUAAUUUGUAUAAUAACUGGUAAAGGUCCUUUAAAAAAUUUUUAUACAGCUAUUAUAAAAUUAAAGAAUUGGAAACAUGUUACAAUAAUAACACCUUGGCUUGAAAAUGAAGAUUAUCCAAAAAUGUUAGCUAGUGCAGAUUUAGGUAUUUGUCUUCAUAUAUCAUCUAGUGGAUUAGACUUACCUAUGAAAGUUAUUGAUAUGUUUGGUUGUGAAUUACCAGUUUGUGCAUAUAAUUUUCAAUGUUUAUCAGAACUUGUUAGACAUAAUGAAAAUGGCAUGAUCUUUUUAAAUGACAAAGAAUUAGCAAAACAAUUAAUAUCAUGGUUUGAAAACUUUCCUAAUAAUCAAUGUAAAUUAGAUAAGAAAUUUCGAGAAGAAUUGCACAAAUUUCAAAAAAAUCGAUGGCACGGAAUUUCUAUUCCUUCAAUUGAAGAUAAUACAUUUCUGAAUAACCGACCAAUAAUUGGUAUUCUAUCGCAAGAAAUAAGCUACGAUUUGAAUAAAAUAUAUCCAGGAAAAUAUGAUAGUUAUAUUGCUGCAUCAUAUGUAAAAUUUAUUGAAGGAGCUGGUGCGAGAGUUGUUCCAAUUUGGAUCGGAAAGAAUAAGUCGUACUACGAAGAACUUUUAAGUAAAAUAAAUGGAGUUUUAUGGCCUGGUGGAUCAACAUAUUUUAACCAAAGUAAUGGAUACGCAGAUGCAGGCUAUAUGAUUUAUAACAUUGCGAAAAAAAUGAAUAAAAAUGGUGAUUAUUUUCCACUUUUUGGAAUAUGUUUGGGAUUUGAAUUGUUAACAUAUGUUGCUGCUAAUCGCGUUGAACACAGAACACAUUGUAAUAGUAUGAAACAACCACUUCCAUUAGAAUUCACAAAAGAUUUUCGGAAUAGUAGAAUGUUUGGCAAUACUUCAUCUAAUGUUAUAGAUAUAUUAAAAACUAAGAACGUGACAGGAAAUUAUCAUCGAUAUUGUGUUACGAGAAAAAAUUUGGAUGAUGUUGGUAUAAGAAAAAAUUUUCGGAUAUUGUCUUUAAAUAAUGAUCCGACUAAAAUUCGAUUUAUUUCUUCAUUAGAACAUGUUACUUUACCUUUUUACGCUUUGCAAUUUCAUCCUGAGAAGAAUUUGUAUGAAUGGAUUAAAGGAAAAAGGAUUCCGCACGGAAAAGAUCCCACUAUAAUUGCACAAUAUUUUGCUGAUUUCUUUGUUAACGAAGCACGUAAGAAUAAUCAUAAAUUUGAUGAUGAAGAUGAAGAAUCUCGGAAUUUAAUUUAUAAUUAUCCAAUAACUUAUACUGGAUUGAAAAAAUCUACAUUUCUUCAAUGUUAUUUAUUCAAGAAAACCGAUACAAUAUAAUUUAUCGAUAUUUUGUUAUUUAAUUUUAUCUAAUUUAAAUUUCAUUUUAUAAUUAUAAUUUAAAAUUGAGAUUUUCUUUCCAUUUU